AACUGGUUGAAAGAGACUUGGAUACAAGUUAAAGCGUCAGUUUACAGCGCAGCCGACUCCGCGCAGUGAAUUAAGGCAAGCGAGACAAUUAAGAAAAAGGAUUUCGUUAAGACCUGAUCAACCUUUCCUAAAUCACGACAGUUUCACUGAAGAUCUGUUACUGAGUUUAGGGCGUAGAAAUGGUGAAAGCUCCGACCAAUUUCCAGCCUAUAGAUGUCCGAAAGGGCAAACAACAAACCCCUGGUCCUGUUCGUUCACGAUACAGGAAGUUUGAUAUCUAUCGUGAUGUACAACAGUUUUACCAUGUUGAUGACCAUGCUAUUCAGGUAGCCCAGACAGACCAUGAUAAUUUUGUUGAUUUGAUAUUUCACCUGGUCUACAGUCAGAAUUAUCAAUCAGAUUUAGAAAAAGCCAGGGCUAUUUUUCGAUGGAUGACGUCAAAGAAUAUGUACACAAUUAAAUUCAAGGGUAAAGUUAACAGUGGAAGCCCUGAAGAAGUUAUUCUCUCUUUUCAAAAUAAACAAGGAACAUAUGCUAGAAUAUUUGAAACUCUCUGCAGAUAUUCAGGACUCCAAUGUACCGUUUUAACUGGGUUUGCGAAAGGUUUGGAUUAUCGUCCAGGUGAUAAAUUUAAAGGAUCAGAAUAUAACCACAGUUGGAACGCCAUCUUGAUCGACGGACAAUGGUACCUUGUUGAUUCACAUUGGGCCACGCGUUAUCUUGUCUCUGAGAAAAAUCAACCAGAAAAUUUGGUGUAUGAAUACGAUGAUUUUUAUUUUCUCACCGAUCCUGAACAAUUGAUCUACAGUCAUUGGGCUCAUAAAUCUGAAUGGCAACUUCUAUCGAGACCAAUUUCAUUACAAGACUUCGAGAAUCUUCCCUUGGUCAAAUCCUAUUUCUUCAAAUGUGGAAUGUUCUUCAUUUCACACCAUAAUGGUGUCGUGCAGACGAAGAAAGGACGUGUGGCCUUGACCCUUGGAUUCAGCAAGCCAACCAACUUUACAUAUAAAAUAGUUUUCACCAGUAAUAAUGAGGAGAUGCACCAGGGUCAGAAACUAAAAAGUUACGCUCUACAACACCAGGGCAAGAACCAGACGACAACAUUUAUCUUCCGAGCUCCAAAAUCAGGCCAGUACUAUUUCACGAUCUUUGCCCAGUUGUUGACCGGAGAACUCGGAGUAAAAAAUGUCUUCACUGCCUCCGCAGAAUAUAAAGUUAUCGCUGAUGCGACUUCCCCGGAUGCCGUUGCUCUGCCUAACUGCUCCGAUAGUAGCUGGGGUGCUGGAAUCGCCGUGGAUCAGAUUGGAUUGGUUGCCACGCCGACUGACGGUAUCAUAACCUCGUCAAACGGAAAGGUCAACAUAGAGUUCAAGAAGACUCGCCCAGCAUUUAUUUUAUCCAAGUUACGCAAGAAUGGUUUGAGAGAAGAAGACCUGGAACAAUGUAUCAGUGAGCAAGAUCUUGGAGAUCGUAUCAUCGUCACGGCCAAUUUACCCCAGCAAGGUGAAUAUGGUAUUGAGGUUUACGGUAAUGAUCCAGCUAAAGAUGGCGAAACCUACACACAUAUUUCUCAGUAUUACGUUCACUUCGCUCCACAAGCAGAACAACUGAAAGCUUUUUACCAAGAAUCUCCAGAACGUCGUCAUCUUUCUCCACAACAACAAGCUGAACUAGAAGGAGGUUUCAAACCAGACUCAGCUGGGCUGUCCAAUGCCACUCAAGCCAUGAAUUUGGGUGGUAACCAAGGUUACAACCAAGAUGAUGAUCUUCCACCACCACCACCUGAGUUACUACAGCAACAGUAUCUGUAUGGUGCUCUACCAGACGGAAGUGGUCAGGCUGUUAUGAAUAAUUUGGCCUUCACCCAAGGUAAAGGUCAACCUACCACGUAUGCACCAGGUACAGGCGAGGCUGUUAGUGUUCAACAACAGAAGGCCAACAUAGCCAACAUUCCAGCCACUUCCUCUCCUUAUAAGGUUGAGAAGAGAUCCGUCGGUCAACAGCCACCAGCCGUACCAUCCAACUUUCAACUGGUUCCUGUUCGUAAUGAGAAAUCCAGCACCCCUCCCCCUGUCCCAGCUUCCUCGAGUCAGGUGAAACCUAAUCUAGAUGCUAUUGAUAAACAAGUAUUGAAGAGUGUUGAUGAUCACGCUAUACAGGUAUCUAAGAGUGACCAUAAUAGUUUCCGUGAUUUAGUCUGGGAUUUGAUCUACUCUAAAAAUAUAACCAAUGAAAUCGAGAAAGUCAGAGUCAUUUUCCGAUGGUUAGCAACCAAAAAUCUAAAAGAGAUGAAUUUUGAUCAUAUUCAAGCAGGAAGUCCUGAAGAAGUAUUAAUGGGUUUAAAAACUGGCAAGACAACUUAUGCUAUGGUUUUUGAUACAAUGUGCAAUUAUGCUGGUCUUCAUUCCAAGAUAAUUAGUGGAUACGCUAAAGGUGCUGAUUACCAUCCGGGUAUGAAAUUCCAACCAGGAUCUAAUCAACAUUCGUGGAACGCUGUUUACAUCUACGGAACUUGGUGUCUGAUUGAUGCUCACUGGGCUGCACGUCGUAUCAUCGGCAAACAAGCACAGACAAACGUCUCCGAGGAAUUUCACUACCAACUGGAUGAAUAUUUCUUCCUUCCCGACCCUCAUCAGCUGAUUUACACUCACUUCCCCGACGAAAAUAAAUGGCAAUUACUCGAAAUACCCAUCACACUUGAAGAAUUUGAAAAUCUACCACACAUGAAACCCCAGUUCUUUAAAUAUCAAUUGGAAUUCGUCACGCACAGAACUGCUGUCAUCUACAGUCGGGGUGAAAUUAACAUCCGUCUGCGUUACAGCGCCCAGAAACUUGCUGUUACGUUCAAUUUCACCAUCUGCUUUGAGAACGGAGAAGAAGAAUACCGAGGCGUCAAGUUGAAUCGUUAUGGGAUGCAAGAAAGCGUUGGCAGUAUCGCGUCAUUCCGUCUCCGUCUUCCCAUCAAAGGUUCGUACAUCCUGUACAUCUACGCUAAAGAGGAUACGCCAGAAAACAAAGAAAAUGUCUACGCCCAGGUCUGCGAGUACAAGAUAGUUCAAGAGGAUAGUGCCAACCCUGCCCCAGAACCCUUCCCUCCAUGUUCGUACCUGAACUGGGGUCCCGGACCAAGCUUUAACAGAUACGGGUUAACAACCUACCAGCAGACGGCAUGUAUAUUUACCCGAGAUGGAAAGGCCGAGGUUCAGAUCAAGAUUCCGCACCAGAUGCAGUUCAUGGGUAAAGUGAAGAGUAACCAUCACAGUGAUGGAGAUCUGGAGGGUUACGUCGUACAUCGUGUCGUUGGUAACACUGCUUUCUUUAACGUCACAGCACCCCAGAGAGGAGAGUACGGUCUGGAGAUCUAUGCCAAUGAUCCUGUCAAAGAAGGUACCACGUUAUAUCACGUAGCUCAGUAUGUAAUCGUCUGUAACGAAGACGUGAAGACGACCCCCCUACCUAAAUUACCCCCUGGUUAUCUCGGCCCACAAAGUAAAUUUACCGAGUUUGGUUUGUCGACAGCAAGUCAUCAUGAUCCAAUCAUUCAUCUUGACACAAACACUGUGACGAUACAGAUUAGAUCAGAGGCCCCGCUCCGUGUCACCGGUAACCUGUUGGCUGUUCAGGAUGAUAGCAGUGAGGUCGAACAUCCAGAAUUUAUCUUUGCUCAUACAAUGGGUUCCCUGAUUACUUUCAUCGUCAACCUUCCACAUACAGGUUUCUACAAACUACAGCUGUAUGCCUGCCCCGUUAACGACAGCAGUCAACAAUUACCUGGUGUUUAUAACUACCUGAUCAACUGUCGAGAGGUCAAACAAGCCGUGUUCCCCUUCCCCAAACAAUACGCACAGUGGAAGGAAGGAUGCUUUAUGUACGAACCAGGUGUCAUCGCCUCGACGACUGGACCAAACGGACAGAAGAUUAGCCGAGACCGUCUGCCCCCACAGGUUAAUUUCCGUCUGAUGAUUCCAAAAGCCGAUGCAGUGGCGGUCGUAGCCGGGGAUGAUUGGACACACCUAGAAAAACUACAAGGAAACGAAUGGGGAGGAGUCAUCGAUGUCGAAAAACACUACGGAAAGAACACAAAAAUAACCGUUAACGCGAACUAUGGCGGAGACAAAACAAGUUACGCAACUCUGUUGGAAUAUACUGUCUAAUUAAUCAUGUUAUUGUUUAUUGUUUAUUUGUAUAAGUAGAAUUUUUAACAUAUAAUGACACAAUGACCAUAUAUAGCAAUUAAUGAUCAGUUGGUCACAAUGACCAUAUAAUAUAGUAAUCUGUCGAGUAGAAAAAUAUGCAAAAAUUGGACAUAUUAAUAAAGUCUUUUUACGCUUUAAAUUUCAUAGUAGACAUAUUAUACCAGUCUUUCACUGUCAUAGCACUUGCUUUUUCUACUAGUAGAAUCAUUAUACAAGUCUUUAGUUGAAAUUGCUAAUCUUAUUUUGUUAAUGAAACAAACAACUUGAAAUCUGGUGAAAAUACGAACACAUUUAUAACAAUUACCCAGGGUUCUAAGUUUUAAACAUUUUGCAUGCUGGACAUAUUUAUGCUUGUUACAAUUACGGAAUUCAAGUCUAAAGAGCAGCGACUCCAACAGUUUAACAAUUUCUUGAAUUUAAGAAACAGAACUAGAUAGAUUGUAUAUUUUGUUUUAUUCGUGUCUUCAACCAGAUUUCAAGUUGUUUAUUUGAUCUGACAUGUUAUCUUUAUUAUCACUGCUUUUGCUUUGAAAUAAAACCCUCCGAUUGUUUAUCUUUUUUUAAUCGUCUGUUUAUAACUUAUACAAUGUAUUGUUACCAUGGUUUUAAAGAAAAAACAAAUGUCAAGAAAUAUACGGUAUAUGAAAUAAACUCACAGUUUAUAAUUCUAAUGAAAUGUUUAUAAAAUUAAAAUGCCUUUUUUUUUUCAAUGAAUUGUUAUGUUAGCCUUGAUAUUGUUAAGAUUGAAUCUAUGCCUUAGAAAGAAAUUUGUUAAAUUUGAAGAUUUUAGAUGUAAAGAUCCUGUGGAUGGUCGAUUGAACGUUUCAGAAUUGAAUUCUCUCAAACCAUCAAAAGGACAUCAAUAAACAUGUGAAUCACGGGCGACAUGCAUCGACUUAUCGUAGCUGAAAUGAAACAUUUCAUUAUGCCACGAUUCUGCUCACAGUUUUCAGGACGGGUAGAAACGUCAAAUGAGAACGUUCUGAACGUACAAUUGAUCCUCCCCUUUCUGUUCAUUUGUUUCUUUCGUUACCAGAUAAUGUGAAUCGUCAGCUGGAAUGACGUAAAUUAUUCUUUAAUUAGGCUCCACCCCUCUGGAGAUCAAAUACACUGGUUAUUUAUUAUGUACCACGUCAAACUUCUGAAAACAACCGCAUUCCGGAGAUCAAUAAAGGGCAACAAUUCAUCAUGCGCCACAUCAGAUCAUAUAUUAACGUUAAUUGUAGAUCAUGUGACUAAAACGUUUACCCUGUAGCUGUGUGUUUUUUAUGUAGCGUUAUUUGUUUGUAGAUGGCGAUGACAGUAGUUUUAUUUUAUACGGAGUAAAGUUACGAAGGUAGUAAAAUGUUUUAUUUAGACAAGAUGUUAACAUUUAUUAUAGUAAGAUUAAUUCAAUGAAGAUACAAAUAAAAAAAUAAAAACAUCAUCUUUUUUUUUCUUGCAAUAAAUGGCUUUAUUCAAUAA